AGAACGCAACAUCAGUAAAAAUUAGUGAAAGUGACAAUUCAUUUGAAUUACAGUGUAAAUAACUGGUCAGAGAACAUAACCUAAGGGUAUGUUUUGUGUGUGUAACGGAUUUUUAUUUUUCAUUUUAUUAUGGAGACUAACGAGGAGUUUGUGAACGUUGCAAUUCGUAUUAAACCUGUUUUUGAUUACGAGAAACAAAAUUUACGUGUUAUUAGCCACAAACCACCUGUUUUAUUACUAAUAGAUCGUUCUCAAACAUUUACAUUUAAUAAAAUUUUCACUGAAGAUAUCUCUCAAGAAUCGAUUUAUAAUUCAACAGUUAAGCCUUUGGUUCAAUAUGUUAAACAAGGGUACAAUUGUACAGUGUUUGCUUAUGGUCAAACUGGGACCGGAAAAACAUACACCAUGGGGACCAAUUCAAAUGUAUCUAAUGAAAAAGAGAUUGGUUUAAUUCCACGCGUUUUAAACCAUUUCUUUGAAUGUGCCAAUGAUGAGGAUACAGGAAUUGAAAUAUCUGUGUCUUAUAUUGAAAUAUACAAUGAAAAAGUAUUUGAUCUUUUACAAAAUAAACCACUGCAGUUCAAAGGUUUGAAAGCUUUGGGAUGUAGUACAGAAAAAGUUUUUAAUUCUCAUGAAGCCAGACAUUUUUUAAAUACUGGCGGUAAGAAUAGACACACAGGUGGUACUAAGCAAAAUUCCCAAAGUUCUAGAUCCCAUGCAAUUUUCACUAUUUAUUGUAAAGUUAAACACAAAGAAAUGGUAACAACUGCUAAAUUAAACUUAGUGGAUUUGGCGGGAUGUGAAAGUGUGAAGAAGACAGGUAGUGAUGGUAGUACUUUCCAAGAAGGUAUCAAUAUUAAUCGUGGCUUAUUAGCCAUUGGACAAGUAAUGGAUGCAUUGAUUAAUAACGCCACAUUUAUUCCUUACAGAAGAUCGAUUAUUACUUCUUUAUUACAAGAUUCAUUGAACAAGCAAAACUUUGUUUCAUUGAUAGCUUGUGUAAGUCCUUCAAUUGAAGAUACAACAGAAACUUUACAAACAUUGGAGUUUGCAAAAAGAGUUGGGAAAAUACUAAACAGGCCUGAGGUAAACGAAGUUGUUUCUCUGUAUAGAAAAGAAAAUCCAAUGCUUUUUAAUGGGAAACCAAAUACACCAUUUAAGAGACCUCUUUUGACUCCAAUCCAUAAACACAAACCCUUACAGCCAAUACUUGAAUCCAAUUAUUCCACUGAUACAGAUCAAAUUCAUAGUAUAAAAUCCUUAUCUCCAAAUAUAUCUGUUAAUUCAGAUAUGACUCAGCAACUUUUAAGUCCCAUUAUAAAAAAAUAUAUGAACGCAAUGGAAAAUUCUUUAAUGAAUAAAAUGGAAUUGAUGCUCAAAACUUCUAUGAAUGUACAACCUAGAGAAAGUGGAGUUAAUAAAGAAAAUAUAGUACUAGAAACCCCAAGUGUAAAUUGGAAUUUGAUUCAAAAUCAAGUUACAAAGAUCGUUAGGUCAGAAAUGGUACAGUUGACUGGAAGUAUAUUUACAGCAACCAGUAGUCCAAUCGGAGAACAGGUAAACAACGCAAGAAAGUGUUUAACUUACGACGAUAGCAAAAAUAGCGAUUCUGGUGAUAAAGAAAACGGAUUUAAAGUACCUUCUUUCACUGUAAAAAAUAUAUCAAAAAAAGAUUCACUUGUUUCGUCUCCAAAAGAAAAUAUUACAUACAGACGUAGUGAAAGGUUAUCUAUGAAACGGAUGUCCCUUAAUAAAACCAAGUAUUCUGAUCAAACUGUUUUAAUACCAGCUAAACGUAGUGUACGUUUGUUUAUGAAGCAAGCUACUGUUUCUAAAGUAAAUUUAGAUAUUUCUGCCAAGGAAGAUUUAAGUAGAUAUUCUUAUUGUAAUAAAAGACAAUCUGUCAUAUUAAGGAAUAAAACUAUUAAAAGAAAAAAUCAAUCUACAGGGACAGAGCAGAAAGUUGAAAGCUCUAGAACUAAAAAUUUAACAAUUUUAAAAGUUCCUACGAGGAAGAAGUUAUUGAAAGAAUCAAGAAACGAUAGUCCACGUACAGCCCACACCAAAGAAGUCUUGUAUAUUCUUAAUAAUGGAAAGCUUAAAGAACUAUUAAAAUUGCAAACAAUCGGUGAAAAAUCAGCAGAACAGAUGACUUUAUUUAGAAAAAUUAAAGGCCGUAUAAAUAAAAUAUCUGACUUAAAGGGUAUGCCAGGAUGGGGAACCAAAAAAUUUGAAAACUUCGUUGACCAGAAUUUCAUAAAAAAAGAAUUAAUAUAAUUCAAUAAUAUUUUAAUUAUUGAUUAAAAAGAAUAUAAUUUUAAAUCGAAAUACAGAUAUAUUUCAUUUAUACAAAUUUUUGUAUUUUAAUUUUUAUAUAAACUUUGCACACUUCUAUAC